UUGCUGCUGUUAAGUAAGCAUUUGCUGUAGGUAUUUUAGUCGAAUUUGAAGCAACGCCCGAACAGGUUCCGUAUCGAUGUGUUCAAGAAUGUUAAUGAGAGUGCGAACGAGACGAAAAUAUGUACAAAUUUUCGAAGAACUGUGAUCAUUUAUUUACUUUUACCGACAGUUUUUUAUUUUGUUUUCUUAAAUUAAUCAGCGUAAACGAAUUCACGAAUCUAAGAUCAAUGGUGCUUAACAAACUCGUGUACAUUGUACAUACAUAAAUAACUAAUGGUGUGAUGUGAACAUUUUUACAAAGAUUCUGAGCAUCAUAAAUACAUGCCAGCAAACAUAUGUACAUACAUACGUCAUAUACAUAAGUAUAUGUAUUUAUUUGUAUAUGUAUUUUUGAAGAGGAUUCUACAUACUGGAAGAUCGAAGAAAUGCAGAGAUAAUCAGUUUUAUAAUUAACAUUAGCAAACGAAACCCAAUGGCCAUGCAGAGGAAACAUGAAAAUUGAACCAAACUUGACGGCAAAAAAGGAGACAGCUGAGUGGUGCGAUGCUUUCCAACAUAUAUGUAAAGCUAGUUAUCGUACAAUAAUAAAAUUGCCAUCGCAUCGGGAGAGGUCCAUCUGGAUUUUUAACAUUUUUUGGCAUAUUUAUAUUUACCGUACACCAACUAUAAGAAACACUAAUACACUGGAACCUUCUUUCAAACGUUCGCCUUGUACUGAUCAUGCUAAGGGUAAACUUACCCAAAUUUGUAAUAGGUCACUAAAGCUUUACAAAAUAUGGUUCAUAUUGGUUUUAUUGUUGCCAACUCAGCAUCAAGUCAGUGGCCAUGGUAUAUCCCGCCAAACGUCAAAUUCAAAAGCAGUGUUUUCAUACCGUCAUCCUAACGAAAAUUUAAAAGUUUGGCAACUUCAAAAUUUUGAAAAUGAAGCUAAGAGACUAAAAACCAAUCAAAUACAUCCAAGAAUCAGAGCCAAAUCAACUCCGGAAACGGGUCUUAACAUUUUAUCUAAAAGCAUUAGCAAAGAAAGCAGAGACUCAAUCUACAAUGCCAGUUCAAAUAAAUAUAGUCUGAUUAAUGUAAGCCAGUCAAAAAACUUGUCUCUAUUAUCCAAUAAAAAAUUGGCAGUUGAGGGGAUUAACAUCGUACCAAUUCAAAGUAGGCAAACGAGGGAAACCACGGACAUUGACCUAAAAACUAAGGGACAUAUUAAACAAACAACAAAAAUAGAUGAAGCCAAGCUUAAACGCCUCGUUUUGAAAGGCCUUGGGAUAAAAAAACUACCAGAUAUGAGAAAGGUCAAUAUAAGCCAAGUUGAAUAUUCCAGCAAAUAUGUAGAAUACUUAAGUCGCCUAAGAAAUAACCAGAAAAAAGGAAAUAGCUAUUUUAACAACUUUAUGGGAGCUUCCCAUCUAAGAGACAUACAUUUUCUAAGCAUUACUACAAACGAAUUCAAUGACAUAAGCAACAAACGAUCGCGUCAUAGAAGGUCGCUUAAAAAAAUGGACAGGUUAAGACAAACCAAAAAGCACAAACAUUAUAAAGAGGUACUACAUGGCGAACAGGAUACAACGAAUAUUCUCUUACACUUUCCAUUGACAAAUGCAAAAGAGGCCAAUUUUCAUAAUGAUAAAAUUGACGAGGCCAAUAUUAGACUUAUGCUUCUCUAUAGCUCAUCCCUGGCAACAAAUUUUCGACGUGGACAAGGAUCUAGAAAAAAAAAGGUCAGUCACAAUGAUCAAAUCGAAAGGCACUGUAAUUCCGGUGAUGUCAACUUGAACCAAUCCAAAAAAAUUCGUAGUCAGCAGUUAAAUUUGAAAGUAUAUCAACUUGUUUCAGCGAAUAGACGAAGAAAGAUAUCGUCUCGAAAAUUUGAAUUUGAAAAUGUUGGCUACGAAGAAACCCGAACACAGUGGAUAGAAUUCGACGUGACCAAAGCUGUUCGUAGUUGGUUGAACAAAAGCCAUGACCACUUGGGAAUAGAAAUUCAAUGUUAUAAGUGUAAAAGUAUAGGUGCUCGUAUACUAAGUGACUUCAGCCCGUCGUCAUCACCAAACUCGGCAGCUUCAAACAACGAACACCUCAACAUCAUGCCAGUUCUUAAUAUAAUUGGACACGGAACACUUAAUUCCCAAGAGCAUGGCGACUCGGACGUUCACCACAUCAUACUGACCAAUAACAGAAGCGAUCAAUACGUGCAUCAUCGUUCAGACCAUGAUAGCACCUGGAGAAAGGAUAAGUGGAGCAACAACUGUUACAAAUUACACCAACGAUGUUGUAGAAAUCAAUUGAAUGUUGCCUUUAAGAACAUUAAGGGAUUCGAAUUCAUUUUACAGCCGAAGGUAUUCGAUGCAGGUUACUGCCACGGACGAUGCCCACCACGUCACAAUCCCGCCCAUCACCACGCCCUACUGCAAAGUCUAAUAUGGCAAGAAGAUCACAACCGAGCCCCCCGUCCAUGCUGCGCUCCUUCAAAGCUUGAGAUGCUAGAAAUAUUACAUGUUGACGAAGAUCACAGCGACAAACUAAAAAUUUCGACAUGGAGUGAUAUGCAGGUUGUAGAGUGUGCCUGUUCGUAAAAGAACUCUCCCAAUCGAUUUAUUCUUACAUACACUCUGUAUUUUAUUAUUCUUUCUAAGUAUUGGGUUAACAUGUAAUAAAAAAGCAUAAUAUAUUU